AUAAUUGUCAUCAACGAUCAAACAGUUACUUUUCUUCUGUUUACAAUCAUGGAUUCAAGAGUAGUUCGAAGUGAAGUGCAGGAGAAUGAUGAACACUACCCCCACAUUGUUCCCUUAGAGCAAGUAACACAUGGUGAAGAAGAUAAACACUUUAAUCAUGAGAAGAAAUCUGUUCUGAAUAAAGUGAAGGUAAAGGCUAAGAAAAUCAAGGACACGAUUAAGAAGCAUGGCCAUCAAGUCCUUGAUCGUGGCCGUGAGUAUGACAAUGAAGAUCAACACAACCUUGAUGAUGCUGACUUAGAUGAGGAUGAAGACACGGACAAGGGCACACAAGUUCAUGAAACACCAAUUCAUGAAAGCGAAGAUGUUAAAAUUGUUACACCCACAAGUGAGCAACUCGAAAAUUUAGGGAAGUCGGGAAUUGAUGUUGGAGAUACAACAGUCAUGGCAGAUGAAUCUCAUCACGAUUCACUACCAUUUUCAACUACUGAAACUGGUCAUAAGAUAGCCUCUGAUCCAGCCAAAGUAUUUCGGAUGGAAGAGAAAGCAGGGCUUCCUAAGGACAAUUUGGAGAGGUCAAUAGGAUUGGAGGAAGAACAUUACUCUCCCGGAAGUAUGCCUGAUGCAUAUAUUCCUCCCAAUCAUCAAACCAAAGUCACUUAUCCAACUGAAGAAGCAGUAAAAGAAGAAAUGGAAACCACACCCGUUGAGGAAUCUUUUGCAAGAAUGAAUGUGGAGGAGGAGCCAAAAUCUAUUUCAGAACUAAACCUGCAGCCAGCUAUUGUUGAUUCUGAAUGCCCUCGUGUUGAAAACCAUGAUCAGCCCGUGGCACACCUUUCUGCUGCGAUGCAAACUCAGUAUCCUUCUUCUGAAUGUCAUGAACAAACGAUAUCCCCCAAAGUCAACAAAAACCUGGAAAAUGUCACAGACAGUGGACAAACUUUCAGCACCAUCACAACCGCAGUUGAUGAACACUCUUGUAAUGAAGCAAACACUUAUAAAGUUUUCUCUCCUAAAGAUGUCACAGCUUCUGAGGAAGGUUCAGUAGAGAAAGACAACGUGGUAACAAAUGAAGAGCAACGAAAAGGUGGGGAUGCUUCUAACAUGUCUGGCUCGACUGCACAGUAUGGGAAGGACAUUGCUCACUCUCUGACACAGAAAUUAGGUCCAGUUUAUGACAAGGUUGCAGGUGUAGGAAGUGCAGUGAAGUCCAAAGUGUAUGGAACUGAGACAAAAAAUGAGGUCAAAGAACAAGAUAAAGGGGUUUCUGUGAAGGACUAUUUGGCUGAGAAGCUAAGGCCUGGUGAAGAGGACAAGGCACUUUCUGAGUUAAUUUCUGAAACUUUACAUAAGAGGAAGGAAGAGACAGUGAAAAAUGAGCAUCACUUGGAUGGUGGGGAUGAUCCAGGAAAAGGUGUGGUUGACAAGCUUAAGGGUGUUGUUGGCUCAUGGUUUGGCAAAUCUGAGGGAAUAGGAGAUGAACAUUUAUCCAAGAAUACAAAUUCUGGUGCAGAACUGGAACAGGUUAACCCAGUUGUUGGUGAAAGCAAAGAGUAGUCGAAUUGAAAAUCUUCGUGGAUGUUGGAUAAUACAUAUGCUCAGUACUCUCCUUGUAAUUAGGUUUUGUGUAUGGUGGAUUCAUGUGAAAGUAUUAUAUGUUUGUGUGCAUGUCGAAUUUACAUGGUGAUAUCUUUGUGCUGGAACAAAGAAUAAAAGACUUCGUUAUUAUAAGGUUAAAUGUAAGAAAAGGUGACAAUAUAUAUAAACCUGUAUUCUUCUGGUAUUGUAUAAUUUUCAAUAUGCCUAA